UACUGAUAACAUAAAUUGACACGCAAAUAUGUAUAUCGCAGAAGACCAGUUAAGAGGUGAUACGCAAACAGUAGAUACACAGAGUUUGUCUGAUUCUGUAAUUGCAAUAAACGAAAGUAUUAUAACAAGAUUUCCAUUUUCCAUUUACAAUAAAUAUAAUCAAAACUGGCGUGCAGAUCCUGAAAUGUCAAGACACUAUUGGGCCGCAUCUUUUUUCCUACCGAUCGGAUCUAUUUUUGUUCUUGGAAUGGUUGUUUUGUUAAUGGUAUUGUUCAAACGAUGUCCACAUACAGUAGCCGCGAUUGUUGCUGCGAUUCUUACUAUCAUUAUCGUAUUGGCAACUGUGGUAUCACUCAAUCAUGAGCCAGUUUAUACUUAACAUGUUUCUGAACCAAAUAAUUAUUGUAACUGUUACAUUAAGUAAAUUUUAUUUUUUAUAUCUGUAUAUUAUGGAUUGCGAGACUUCAGGACUGAUAAUGAUAAUUUAAUAUGAUAAUGAUAAUAGAAAUUUAUAACAAUCUAUAUUAAAUCAACAUUUUUUACUUA